AUUUUUCUGUGGCUAGCCUUUAGCGCUAGCUAGCUAGCCGCUUGAUUUUCUCUCCAACAUACUUUGAUCCAGCAGGAUGUUAGGAUGGAGUGUGGCCCACUUCUGCCGGAUAGCCUGGUGUUGGAGAUCUUCCUGCGUCUGCCCCAUGAUGCCGUGCUGAGAGCUGGUUUGACCUGCAGACAGUGGCUGGCUGUCUCCAGAGAUGAGUUUCUUUGGAGAGAGCUGUUCUACAGCUACUACCGCAUACCGCGUUCUGUACCUCGACACCCAGCGGCUGUGUCGUGGUACAGGGAGUUUAGACGUCUGUUUGACUGUAUCCCCUGUGUGGAGGUUCAGACACUGAGAGAGCACAGUGACCAAGUCCUCCACCUGGCGUUUUCUCACAGGGGUCACCGAUUCUCCUCCUGCUCCAAAGACUGCACUGUUAAGCUAUGGGACACGGAGCGGACAGAUGGUAAUAUAUCUCUGGUGCACAGCUCCAGCAUGCGGCAGUUUAACUGGGGCUACACCCAGUUCUCCCAGUUCAACGCUGACGACACCCUGCUGCUUGUGUCUGGUGUCUACCUGGGCCCUCACCACUCCUCAUCUGGGGAAAUCGCUGUCAUCAGUCUGGAAAACUACACGCUGUUGUCACGUGUGAGGAACAAGCCGUACGAUGUGUUUGGCUGUUGGCUGAAUGAGACCCACCUGAUCUCUGGGAACCUGCACUGGAUAGGCAACAUGACAUCCUGCUCAGUGCUCUGGCUCAAUAAGGCCUUCCAGGAUGUCGAAUCGGAGAACGUCAACGUCGUUAAGCGCCUUUUCAAGAUCCAGAACAUCAAUGCCAGCACCAUCCGCACAGUGAUGGUGGCCCACUGCCGUCGUCACGACAACCCAGACUUGCUGCUGGACUACGAGGCUCAGUCUCAGGCGAGAAGGCAGAAAGGGCAGCACCAGCACCACCACCAGCCUCUCCUCUUUGACCUGGGAACCUCCGGCAGUGAGGAAGAAGAGGAGGAUGAGGAGCGCCAGAGGGAAGCGAGGUGUCACGGCCUCCCCACAGUCCGUCUUCCUCAGCCCACCAUCUCAGGCUUGGGGCACGUUAUACAGACUUGUAAAAAUGUGGGGCCCAUGGAGCUGGAGAUUGAGACCCAGGUAGCUCAGAUGAUGGGCAGAGCCCACACAAAGGCCCCUGAAUCCAGCCUAAUCGAGCCCUCUGAGCCCAGUGAGGGAGAAGACAAAACUUACUUACUCUUCACCACUGGCAGCCUUACAUACUCCCCUCACCAGAUAGGUAUUAAGCGGAUCAAGCCGGACCAGAUGACCACUUGUGGUCCUGUUCUGGGGGAAGAGCGGGGUUCAGAUGAGUUUUUUGAUUCUCUGGACCACGUAAUUGAUAUCCAUGGACACAUCAUUGGUAUGGGCCUUUCUCCAGACCACAGGUACCUUUAUGUGAAUAGCCGGGCUUGGCCAGCCGGGUGUGUGAUCUCCGACCCCAUGUCUCCUCCGCCCAUUGCAGAGGAGAUCGACCUGCACGUGAUCGACCUGAAGAGUUUGAGGGAGGAGAGAAGGAGUCUGCGCGCCCACCGAGCCUUCACGCCUAACGACGAGUGCUUCUUUAUCUUCCUCGACGUCAGCAGGGACUUCGUUGCCAGUGGAGCAGAGGACAAGCAUGGCUACAUCUGGGACCGUCACUACAACAUCUGUCUGGCACGUCUGGCACACGACGACGUGGUGAACUCGGUGGCGUUCAGCCCCGCUGACCAGGAGCUGCUGCUGUCGGCCAGCGAUGACUCUACCAUUAAGGUGUGGCGCUCACCACGCAUGGUCCGACUGGCGCAGACCCCCGCCCGGCCGCCGAGGCCCCGCAGCUUCCUGUCAUCCUGGCUGAGCCGCAACAAGAACUCAACGUCCGCCGGCAGUGUCAAUGGAAAGCCGUGAGCCAGGCUGGGAAACGCUCGCAGUGGGAUGGAGCAGGGAGAGGAAAGUUUGAUCUUUUUUCCUCUGUGGUGUGAAUCUAUAUAUACACUCCAUGUAUAUGUUCAGUGUGGUAACAGUCAGUGGUUUUGAGCUCAUGGUGUUCGCAGUGCUCAGUGUCUUCAGCUAACAGGAGCCUGGAUGUGAUGUGACUCAGGGUUAGACACAAGAGUGUGCUGUUGCACCAGCAAAGGACAUAAAUCACUGCAGACUCAGUUGUGCUGCUGACAGGAGUGAUAUGAAAUGCUAUCGCAGAGAAAAAUGCACAAGACAGACGUCCAAACAUGUUCCCAAGAGGUUUUUUUUUCUGUUUUUAUCUGUUACAUUGUGUCUGAACAGGUCAAACUCAGGACUCCUGGACCUGUGGUGUAAUUGUAGGCAAAUGUACUGCAGCGGUGGCAUCUAACAAUCCCAGCUGAUGUUCUGCUCAUCAGAGGCAAAGUGCUGUGACUGAGAAUAUUUCAGAAAAUGUCUUUUCUUAUAAACGGAUAUAUCCAAUUGACGUCUUGAGUAUGAACACCUCAUAAAACCUGUUUUCAGAGCAUUCUAAAUCCAUUUCAAACCAAAAGGGAAGGCAGCAUUUAGCUGCAUUUACUGCAGUCUGCCUUGGUUUUUAAUCACAUCCCAGCCCAUUGCUUUUGAGCCCCAGAAAUGAUUGAUCACUAUUCUAAUGAACGUAGCAUUACAGACUUGGUUAAUCUAGAAAAGUUAUUAAGAAACAGUUAGCGUGAAGCAUGACUGAGAACAAAAGAAAUGUAUGUGUAGCUGAUCGUUAUUUGGCCUAUUCUAUGUAGAAAUGUAUUUAAACACCUUUAAUCAUACGUUGCACAAAGCUGCAUCCUUUAAUUCUGUCAAAAGAGGACGAAUCGCAAAUCUAAAAAUUAAAAAAAAGUAUUUCCUUUCCUCAUCAUUACAUGUAACCGUUUUGUUCUGUCUCCAAGCGAAACUUCCCCACUUGAUGUCUUAAAUCCCAACAUAUGGACAACUUAGAGUCCCUUGGAAUAACAACAACUACAGCAACAUACAGAUACAUUUGGUCAUUAUAGUGCACUAUUGUUCAUUUGGUCCUGUCUGUCAAAACAGAAUCACCACUCAUCCUCCCGAAAAGUAUUAUUUCGUAUAAAACAGUGUGCACGUUAGACACCCUGUAGAACAAGCAAGGCUAUGCUCCAUAUUUAUAUACUUUAUAUGCCCUUCAGUAUACAUACUGCAUGUUUUUAUUCAGGUGAUGGGGUUUUGGAGGUAAUCAUUAUUUCAGUUUGACCUAAAUUGUUAAGUUCACUAAGGUAGACUUAUAAUAAUCAAUAAAUACUGUACAUGCAGUAAAAUGGUGGUUUUAUUUAAGUCAUAAUUCUGUUAAAAUAACAGAUUUACACCUCUGUCUGAAAGAAGGUUUAAUUUGAGCAAGAACAAAGAAAUGUCACCCAGUUGUUUAAUUUCAACAAAAUAUAUAUAUGUGAAGUCCUCCUUAAAAGUGCCAUUAAAUUCUUUGGCUGAAAUUGUAUUCAUUCAAAAGGACAACCAACAGUGCACAGUAAUUUGAAGUGCUCAUACAGACCAUCAAGUCAUAAUAAAGUACCAAGACUGUAACGAUGAGAUCAGAAAAGUGGAGCAAACCUCCUGCUGCUUCCGUUCAAAAGCCUGAUCAGCACAUCUGUGUUUUUGUUUUUCUGGCUCCAACAGUCGUUAGAUGUUUGUGUGUACACGGGUUACCCCUUUACUUCCCAUCAUGCUUGUCGUCCUCCUCGAGAUCUUUCAGUUUUAUCGCUCAAGGACCAGUCUUAAAAAAAAGAAAAAAAAAAAGUAACAGAUAAGAAAUGAAGCUUGUCAAUUUGCAUUUCGCCUGCUGUGAAACCAACACAAGCGUCAGGUACUUUACCUGUAGAUAUUUCUGUUUCCUUGGAGAUACCCCGCUGGAGAUGGAUGUGAGUGAUUAUAAAACCAUUUUAAGUUGACUGUGGGUUGUUUCUUCAUCUGAACUGUCUGGCUGGAUGCACGUCAUGUUUUUCAGAGAAACCUUUGUGACUGUGUCGGUACAUCGGCUGAUUUCUAGCCACCCAGUGAUCAGUGUUUUACAUGUUUUGAAAUGUGUGUAAUCAGUCCUGAAGUUUCUCCUUUGUUCCCAACUUUCUUAACGAUUGUUUUUACUGCAGCUCCACCUUUUCCCAUCAUGUUUCCUGUCCUCUAACGUUAUUUUCAUACUCCCCUAAAAUAAAAAGCAUGCCUGAAAGGCCAGAAGUCUGCAAAAGUGUCACAUUAAUAUUCUUUUGUACUGAUAAACAUGGUUCAAAACCUUCGGCUCAAAUGUGGGGCAUGAACCAGGGAGCUGGACACAUGCAAGAGCUUCCUCACUACGUUUUGUUUGUUUGGCAUUGGUAUGAAAGGAUGCUGUUGUAGAUAUCGGUGGUGAUUAAUAGCUCUGACUAAAAUUUUUCUUUUUUCCAUUGCAAUCAAGCAUGGUUGUUAAUUAUGGUACUGUGUCAGACUUUGGUCUACAGCCAUGCUAAUGGUUCUGUGAGGCUGUACAUGAAUACAGCAGUACUUUGAGCUAAAUGCUGACAAGCUCAAAACAACAAUGCUAACAUGAUGUUUAGCAGGAAUGUUCAUCAGCGUAGUUUAGCAUGUCAUGAUGCUAGCUUUUGGUAAUUAGCUUAAAACAAAAUGCAGCUGCGGAUGAUGGAAGUGUUACUGUUUCGCAGGUAUUUAGUCAUCAACCAAAGCAGGGCAGUAACUUUCAUUAUUGUCAUUAUUCAUCUGCAGACUAUUUUUUUGACGAAAUGUUUAGUUAAUAAAAUAUCAGAAAAUUGUGAAAAAUGCUCAUCAGUUUCCAAAGUGCAGGAAGAUGU